GGUUGUCAUAGGAACGGUGGCGGGGACAGCGGCUGUGCCGGCCCCGCGCUGCCGCCCUCCCGCGGUGGAGACGGGGCGGACACGGCGGUGCCGGGCCUUGCCGGCGUGCCGGGCCCAGCGCCCCCGGGCGGGGGGGGCUACACCCGCCAUACCUGCCUCAGGCGGGGCGGCCGGAGCGGCGGCCGGAGAGGCGGCUCUGCCGGGCAGCACUCCCGUCGGAGCAGCGGCCGAGGCUCCUCUUGGGAGCGCAGGAAAGGACUGCCUGCCUGCCUGCCUGCCUGCCUGCCGGUCUCAGUGCAUAUUAAAAGGGGGAGCUUGGAUAAAAUAUCAAGGCCUGCAUUAGCUCAAGAGCUCAUCCUAAUUGUAGAUCUUUAAAUACAUCUAUGGAGUUACCAACAGCAGAGCCACAUUUGCCUAAGGUUGAUUUACCUGUCAGUUUGCCUGGUAGUCAUCAAAGAGGCAGUCUAGAACACUGCUGUACAGAAGAAAACAAAGGUGAUGACAGAGAGAAAUCUAGUGUCAAGGAAGUAAGAACAGAUCAGCAAACCACGGUGGAGAGCACAACUGUCUGUCUUCAGGAAUGUAUACUGAAUCCCAAGGAGCUGUCAGGAUGCAUCUCUUACUCGGAUUCUGGAGAUGACAGCACUGAAAUACAGACUUUAAGAUUCUGUGAACCUUCCCAAGGAAAACUAAGUAAUGCAAAAGCAGCAAACUCUUCCAACUUGGAAUAUUCUGAAGAAAUAGAUGUAGAUCCUCAGAUUCAAGCAGCUAUAAAGAAAAUGAAUAAACUUGACACAAUACUGGCAAAAAGACAUUUUAAGGAGAGAGCAAUUAAAAAACAAGGCAAAGAAAUGAGAGCAAAGCUCUGCGAAGAGCUUCAGUCUAUCAAAACCACUGGAAGCCAUGAAGAGAUAGAAAAUACAAAAAUGUUUUUAGGUUUGAUCUCACCAUGGCAGGAUACAGCUGGUCCCUCCUGUGCCGAAGAAGAUGAAAGACGUACUUCAGUAAUUCACACACAAAAUAAUCCAGAAGGUUAUGAUUGCCAUAAACCCCAACGUAAUCAAGAUUAUCCAAGUGAAUUGGAAACAAAUGAAUUUCUUAAUGAACCAGAAAAAAUGCAUAUCAAAAGUAAAAAUAAUAAGGAUUUCAUUAAAAAGAACAUCGAGCUAGCAAAGGAUUCAGGAAGCCACUUUAAGCUUGAGGAAGAAAGAAAAAGGCUAAUUGAACUACUGAAAGAUACAGAAGAUGGAAUUGAAUUGCAAGGUCUUGAAGAGGAUGUAUCUGGCUGGCAAGCGUCAGGAGAAGGGUACACACCUGACCCGAUGGAACUUCAUCACCUAAAGGAGAUAGACAUUAAGCUUCAAGCGCUAUUAUCUGAUAGGGAUAUUUCAGUGAUUUCCAGCUCUUGCUCAAAACCUCCAAGCCAGAUUUAUCAGGAGUCUCUGGUUUAUGCAAACAGAAGCCUAGAAGCAGUUCCAGGUGAAAAGGUCCUACGAGACAAUAAGGAACAACGUGAUCAACAAAAUCGUCUGAAAGAAAUAGAUCUUCAGCUGAAAUCCCUAGAGAGAAAUCGUACUGAAGAACAAAUGGGCCUCUCUGAAGAGCAGCUUAAGACCCUUCUGGAAGAAUGUAUACAGGCUCAGAGAACAAUGAGCAACGUUACCAUGCCAAAGUCUCAGGAAUCUCUUUCUUUUGGAUUAAGUCCCUCUUGUUACACGAGUCAAAACUCCACUCUUCACUCCACAUCUACUCUUUCCAAAAUGUUAGUUGAAGACCAUAUUGUAGGGAUGUUAACAGCUCAGGAAAAGACUGGACUGGAAGACAAAAGCGUAUGUGUUAAUGCAGAGGGUGAAAUCCCUGGCUACUAUAUCAGCAAAGCAUUGGUUGAUAGACACUUAUCAAAGGAUUCACUGGCCCAAACAGAGGAACCUGGUGACCUAGAAGGUUUACAGAAGAUGGAAGAUAAGAGUAUUACUAAGGGUUACUUUAUGUCAAGAGCAUUCAACACAAAAAGGUUGAAGAAACCUUCUUUCUUGGAUGAACCAUUAUAUUGCAUCAGCACAAACAAUGAACCAUCCACAGAGGCUGACAUUCUCUGCAUACCACUGCAAUCCAAAGGAGGUGAGACUCUUAAUGACCCUUUAGAAUAGGCUUUUGAUUAUGAUGAAAAAACCCAAGCAGGUUCUCACCAAAGGUAUGCACCAGUACACACUGAUUAUUAUGGUGGGGCAAGGAUGUACUUUUAUAAAACAUAAAGCUGUGCCAAAAGUAAUACACACAAAAGAACAGAAUAUUUAAUAAAAUUCUUGACCUGACAUAAGUGACUAUAAGACUAGAACUCUUAUGAAAUAUAACAUUGAUGUUGAUUAAUUCUGUCAACUAGAAAACAGUGUUGACAACACAUAUGGAUUAUCUUUUUGGUCCUAGAAAGUCAUGUUCACUGUUCUGUGGAAAGCAGAUAUUCUCCCAGUAGUUGGUAUAACAUUUCACACAAAAAUCCAAGCGUUUCUUGAAUGUUUUUAAGAAGGUAAACUCGGUACUGUAGAAACAAACAUGACCUAGUUAUAUUAAAAAUAGUAAAUUGCUUUCAAUAGUUCAAAAUUGCACAUAGAAGAUACCAAAAUGAAUAAAUACUGCAAAAUUUCUAUAAAUUACUUUUAGUUCAGUAAUAUAAACAGAUGUAACCAGCAGAAAACAAAAACAAAACAAAACAAAACAAAAACCAAAAAACCAAAACCAACAAAACUCUGGUAUUAUAAAAAGAUUUUGGAAAUGUCUCUAUUUCUUAUGUCCUUUACUUAAAUGUAAUUAUAUACUGAUAGUGUAAUCUAAAUCUGCAUUUAGAUUUUUAGCCUAAGACUACUUCUCUUUCCAGAAACCAGACUGUUCAAAUAAGCGGAUUUUAGGCAUGUACCUCUACAACUUUUCGUUUCUCUCAGAAAAGUUGUGACAGUGCGAAGUUUUUUGUGAUUAAAGUGCAAUAGUUUAAUUGUACUAGAAAUCGAUAAAUUUUGCUAGGUUUGUCAAGAUACGUCUUUGUUAUCUGGUAAUCUAUUGUGAAUUUGGAGAAACAUUUUUCUUACAUUUAUUCAUAAUUUAGAACAUCCUAAUACCUCUUUACUAUGUUAUAAUUUCUUGAUUAUGAUCACAACUGUUUCUUCAUUUGCUUGCGCUUAACAUUUCUACAGUGAAGGGAAUGUUCAUAUAUUUUCAAAGUGAUUCCACUUAUUAGAAAGCAAGAAGGCUUAUUGCUGGUUUUACACUGUGAGACAAACUUGGUAUCCAGACACACCUGCCGUAUUUGCCCAUUAUGAGAUUUAGGCCAAUGCUGCAAUAGGAGUAAAAUAGAAAUGCAAUCCCUGUAGAAGACAUUGGGGUUGUUCAGGUUUCUUUUUUCUGGUAGGUUAGUUUUCAGCUACCUUCACAUGCUAGCUUUGCUCUUCAUGUAAAUGCAAGCGUCAGAAGAGCGGAGCAAGGGAAGAAGGAAGUGGUCUGCCCAAGGGCAGAGUGGAAUGCCAGUGAUGGUGAUGGAGAACACCACAGAGAACCAUCUCUGCUGGGGCAACCUGAUCUCAUGCAGGAGUAACAUGACUGCAUACUACACUGCUAGUCUUCUUCAGCAACCAACAGUAAGAAAAACUCAAGUUUAACUUGCUGGCUUCACAUGAGUUAAAGUACUUCUUUAGUCUGAAUAGACGUAGUACAGUCAGAGUCAAGUGUGACUCAGACCCAACUACCAUUGCUGUUUAUUAGUAUAUUUUAAGAUGGGAUGUAGUAAAUCAAGCAAAACACCAUGCACUGUAGCCACUAUGUAGUGAAGGGAUCACAUAACCAUUUCUGCCUAUGGGGAAUUUUAUUGUACAAGAGAGAAAGGAGAUUUCAGCUAUUGAGUAAAUUUCCAUGUGGGAAAACACAACAACAUCUCAUGGUAAAAGUCUUUAAAGUGAAUGUGUUAAUGUUAAUCGUGUAAUAAUUUAAAUAUCUGUGAGUCAUAAUCAUGUGUUGGGUCAGAGCAACAGUCAGAGCAGGGUGUUUCAAUUAGCUAUUUUCAGUAGAUGCUGAACAAUGUUCAACUAUACACACCUCAAAUCUGUAUGGUUAAUAAGCAUCUUAGGUUUAUGGUUAUUUUGCUUACCAAAUAUAUUUGUUUGGGGGUGGGGAUAUAAGUGUUCUGCAUUUUCAAGUCUCUAAAUCUUUUCAUUUGUACUAAAAACCUAAAACCAAAACUAAGUAUAUAAUUUCAGAUAUCAUAAUCUCAUCAGGCUUUGAGUCUUCGUGUCAGUAUCUGAUUUUUAAAAAUGGUAGGAACAAGUACUCUUUAGAAACAAGUGCAAAAUAAAACCCGCUUCAGAGGUCUGUGUUUUUUACAUUAGUGCUAAAUAUUUUGCAGUUAUUGCUAAAUUUAAGUUUAAAUUAAUUAUAUUCAGAUUUAUUGUAAUCCAUUAAUAUUGCUCUAAUGCUAAAGCAUAUGUUAAAAUUAGCAUUUAAAUAGACAGCAGCCCAUUCUUAGAAUUUUUGUCAAUGUACUGCUUACAACAAAAUAUACAGCAUAAACCAGAAAAGCCAACACCUUUCCAUGGAAUUAAUUUGUUUCCCACAAAGGUGUCUUAGUUCUGUCUUAAGCAGUUGUUCCUGGCCAUAAGGAAAAGGUUGUGAUGUUUAUCACAUUUGUAAAGCUGCCUAAUAUAUUCUAUAGGUAAGCUGGUGGUUAGUUCAGACAUGAUUAGAUGUGCUAAUUAUAUUAGGUCCCAGUGGAGUCCCAUUUAAGGCAAAUAUAUCUGCAGAUGAAGGUGUGAGAAGUGUAAGGUUUAUUUUAAUUUUUAAGAGACAUUUACUUAGUUGAGCUUUGUUAUGAGACAUUUACACAGUUGAGUUUUGUUAAGGUCUUAAUUCUAAAGGGCAUUUAAACAUGUAUGCAUGAUCUUCUGUAAAUAGUUUGAUUUUCUGGCCUGCUACACAUGGUUUAAACUCUGUGUAAUGCUGUGUAAGCAAGCAAAACUGUGUGUGAACAUGAUUUAGCAGAAUUUUGGUUUUGCACUCAUUAUGGUACUGUAGUCCGUGAUAUAGAUUUACUGUAAUGCAUUGAAUUAUAUAUAUUUUAAGUCAAGCAUAAUUAUUAACAUAAUUCAUAUAUAUACUUGUGUAUAUAUAUCUGAAGGAAACUCAUGUGCCUUCAGAGAGAAGUAAUUCUGUUUCUUGAAAGAAGCAGUAAUCUGCAUCGGGGUAAUAUGCAUGUCAAUAUAGGUGGUGUUUACUUAGAUAAACAGAAGCCAGACUUACCCAUAUACAGGUAUGAAAAGGAUAUUAUUUCUCAGUUGUAGGAGCCAAUUUGUAAUGUUUCCAGCUCUUUUGGGGGGAGGCUAUAUUAUGUUUUAAGUAGAAGUUGUAUCACAAACUGUUGUUGCUUUUUCCUCUUGCAAAUAAUCUUGUGCUUGCAGCAGUGCAGCAUGUAUUUCUUUUCUUUUUUUACAGGUGAUAUGAAGAUUGAAGGCUGAGGGGAGAGUGAUUAUACACUUCUUCACACGACUAUUUUUCUGAAAGUGUGGUUAAGCCUCCAUCAGUGAUAUUAUCCUGAUACAGUGUCAUUUCAGACAACUUGAGUGAAUGAAUUAUCAUCAUUGAAAACUGUUCCACGAGCUGACUUAAGAGAUAAUUAUUACAUCAUUAUUAUAUAUUGUUGCUGUUUGAUUUCAAAAUAAACUCUUGCAUUUCAUUAAGUUUCCCAAAAGUGUUCCAUCGUCAGAUAAAUGUACAUACACAUUUGUUUAGCAUGCAUGUCUUAUUUUACAUUUUUCAUGAAGAAAGACAUGCAAAGUUCAGUUUCUAUGGAUGGGAUUUUGUUAGAGAGGAUGUGAAAUGUAUAUAAUAAUUUUAUUUUUCUUCCUUUACACACGAUCUACCUUUAUCAUGAAGUUAGGCAAAGCCUGGCCUCUGUUAUCCCAGUGCAGUUUGCUGGAGCUCACAGCCUGUCUGACUGCUGAGCCCUGACUCAGUGAAGAACCCAGAUAUGUACCCAGUUUUCUGCCUUGGGGCUGUCUGCUGAGCUGCUGGUUUGAUUGAGGGUAAAGGCUUGCACAAGUCCUCUGCUGGACCACAACAUCAACACCCGUCUGCUCAGCUGUGUCCCAUUCUUCAUCGUGCACAGUGUAACCAUGUAGCAAAAAGUCUUACUCUCUAAUUAGGAAAUAAAACUGAGCUAUGACAGAUGGCAGUCCCUUGUGAAGGCUUGGUGUGGAUAAAGGUGAAGGAGUUCAGAAGUUUACUCUGGCAGUUACUGGGUUGGGAAACCUUAUAGCAAUGGCUGGCUGGAGGGAGGGUAAUACAGCUGGUUUGUGUUUGAGGUAAUAAUACAAAUACAUUGCAAGUUUUUGCUUGUCUACUCUUUAGCUACUGUUUCUCCUGAUUUUUCUACUUACUGAGCUGAUGGUUAGUUUUUCAUUUCAUGCACUGUAGUGUCAGAGUAAGAAGACAUAAAAAAAAUGGUUCUCUUAAGUUUUUUGGUUGGUUGGUUGGUUGGGUUUUUUGAGGCGGAAGAGGUAUUCUAGCAAAGAAAACUCAAUAGAUUUUCCCAUUGACAAACUCUCAUUUGACACAAACUAAAAAGACAAAUUCUUUCUCUGAUAUUAUACUAGCCAUUUAACAUUCAACAAGAAAAGAUGUAUGGAUAGAACAUUAAUGAUAGAAUGGCUAUGUUACAGCAUAGGGUUUACUUGAACUAAUCUGAGUGUUUGAAUUAAUGCACAUCUUGAGAUUUUAAUCUCAUUUACAGAGUUGCCAGUCUGAGAGGAUGUACACUCCUGAGGAAGUGGUAAUUGUGUGGAUGAAACAGAGAUCAGAAUCUAACCUACUUUCUUUGAAUUAAGAAAUUUAAAUGGAACAUUACGUUUGUGACAAGCAACUGCUAUUUAUUGGUUUAUUUUCUGAUAUUUUAACUUGUUUUGCAACAGCAAUAAUACACCCCUGGAUACUGGGGGUUCUGCAUAGUCCCAUUGCUCUGUACAGGAUUGCUGUAAGCACAUUUCAUGGAGCUUUGCAAAUCUUGCCUAGAUGUAUUUCUUAUUGUCCUUAAACAUUUUAAGCCUGUGUCAUAAUCUGUUUACCAUAAAUAUAAUCAAAGCAAUACUGAGAAGUUUUUUCAGCUGUGUGAUACUCAUGCAGGACUGUCCACUGGCUCCACUGUGAGCUUUCCUCAGUCCGAUUACUUUCACAUGGAACUUGUGUUUUACAGAGUCCUUCUCAAAAACAGUGUUCAAGUGGUUGGAUAGUUUUUGAAGAAAACUAAGUUCUGUUUCAAGAUUAUAUGUAAAAUAUCUACAACAUAUAUGAAGAGAAAUACUAAUUAAUUCUUACUUUCCUGAUGUAUUUUGUUGUCUUCAAUCUCUCACUGUUAUGAGAAAGCUUUUUCUAGCACCCUCAAGGAAGAGCCUUUCACUGGCUAAGCCUCACAACAUUCCCAAAGCUGUGAAUACAACCCUUUAUUCACAUCUGGCAUUUCAGGAAUAAGCAGUAAGUUUGAAUCAUUAUUGACUUAAAUGGUAUAUUCCAACAGGAACUCUGUUACUUCACUUCAGGUCUUGGAAACUGCCGAGCACCCUGCACCAGUUGUGGUCACUGCAAACUGUAGGGACCUAGCGCUCAUGAAAUGCUAUUCCAAAGGCACGGAGGGUCUCAGAGACUGUCAAAAACUAGUGACCUAAUAUCUGUGCUUGUUUUCUACUCCAUUAUACAAAGUAACAGGAUCUUUGAGAAGAUUUUAUUUCUUGCUUGAUGUUACAAGUGAAAUAAAAGUUCAAACCCA